AUCCAAGCUGAGUCCUUCUGUGCAUUUGCCCAGUAUAACAUGGAUCAGUUCACACCUGUGAAGAUAGAAGGCUAUGAAGAUCAGGUCUUAAUUACAGAGCAUGGUGAUCUGGGUAAUAGCAGAUUUUUAGAUCCAAGAAACAAAAUUUCCUUUAAGUUUGAUCACUUACGGAAAGAAGCAAGUGACCCCCAUCCGGAGGAAAUAGAUGGAAGUUUGAAGUCUUGGAGAGAAUCCUGUGACAGUGCUUUAAGAGCCUAUGUGAAAGAUCAUUAUUCCAACGGCUUCUGUACUGUAUAUGCUAAAAUUAUAGAUGGACAACAGACUAUUAUUGCAUGUAUCGAAAGCCACCAGUUCCAGCCUAAAAAUUUUUGGAAUGGUCGCUGGAGGUCAGAGUGGAAAUUCACCAUCACACCACCUGCAGCCCAGGUAGUUGGAGUGCUCAAGAUUCAGGUCCACUAUUACGAAGAUGGCAAUGUUCAAUUGGUUAGUCAUAAAGAUGUGCAAGAUUCAAUAAGUGUGUCGCUAGACAGGCAUUAUGUGAUACAUACCUAUAUCCCAGCACUCAGAAUAUGGUAG